AUGGAUACCAGCGGGAGUGAGUACGCGCAGCCCUUAUUGGCGAGGAAGAAGCGCAAGCCAGCGCUCGAUGACCUCCACAAGCUGUUGGUGACCUACCACGGCUUGCAGCAAAUGCAACGGGAGCUGAACGAGCAGCUCGCCGUGUGCAAACGCCAAAUUGCCAAGCAUAAGUUUGGCAGUGCCUCGGGGAAGUCUCGCCGUCGUCGUGGCCGCGGCCGCCCAUACCCACGAGUGAAGUCUCCACUGCGUGGGGUACUCAGGGUGGAGGAAGAUGUGCCCACGUUCUGGGGGCGCGUGGGAGAAUGGUUGCGGAGGUGGUGGUGA